AUGAGUUUUAAUAUCGAUGAAAAAAUCCCAUCUUUUGAUGGAAAAUUACUCAAGCUAUCACACAAUUCUCCUAUUACCCAUACGAAAAUGUUGCUCAGCCUUUAUCUUCCUCAUCAAUACUUUGAAAAGGCAGAUAAUAAGGUACUCCCUGUUAUAUUGUUUCUUUCUGGCCUCAACUGUUCGCCAGAUAAUCCAACAGAAAAAAGCUUUAUCCAACCAUAUGCAAACAUGUAUGGGUUUUCUGUUCUCUUUCCAGAUACGUCUCCAAGGAUAAACGACGUAAGAUUAAAAAAAGGGAUUGGAUCUUCAUUUUAUUUAGAUGCCACGGAAAAUCCAUGGUGUAAAAAUUUCAAAAUGUAUUCCUACAUUAUGAAGGAUUUAAUUCCAAAUAUAGGAAAAGAAUUUCCAAAGCUUGACACCGAUAAUAUGUCAAUAUGUGGACACUCGAUGGGUGGGUUUGGCGCUCUUAUGUUCUAUCUUAAAACGCCGGAAAGGUUUAAAUCAUGCUCGGCAUUUGCGCCAUUAACACAUCCUAGCAUCUGUCCUGGAGAAAAUAAGUUCUUCAAAUUAUUUCUCGGAUUAGCACAAUCUGAAUGGAAAAAAUAUGAUCCCUGUGAACUAAUAAAAACUUACAAUGGUCCAAAAAGGCCGAUCUUGAUUCAUCAGGGUACAGGAGAUAAGUAUUAUAUUGGGAAAGAACUAUUACCUGAGGAUUUUGUUAAAGCAUCAGAGGGAACGAUCUUGGAAGGCCUCAUUAAUAUUAAAUUCAAAGAUGGAUAUGGCCAUAACUAUUAUCUUGUAUCAUCGUUUAUGGCAGAGCAAUGUCUAUUUCAUGCGAAAUACCUAGGUUUGAUUUAA